ACAGAUGCUGUCCAUUCAGAUAUGUGACAUCAUGCUGGAGAUGGACAAGGAGAGAGAGACGUGCAUGGCCCAGUUAGAAAACAUGACAACAGGUUGCAGUGGGACGUGGGACAAGGUGGCCUGCUGGCCCAGCGCCAAUACAGGACAGGUGGUCACCAUCCCCUGCCCUGUCUACUUCUUAUACUUGACCAACGACUUCAUCAUGGGUAACCUGUCGAAGACCUGCACCAGUGAUGGCUGGUCUGAGGUUAGCCCUGCUUCCUAUGCACUGAAUUGUGGGUACAAUGCCAACGUCACCAAAGUUGAUGAUGAUGACAUGGCGGAGUUCUACUGGGCAGUGAAAGUAGGCUACACUAUCGGACACAGUCUCUCUCUCAUCUCCUCACUAUCGCUAUCGUCCUACUCUGCACUUUUAG